ACUUCUGCGCAGUAGCCAUGCGCAGUAGAUGAAUCAGCAUUCAUUCCUUGUCACGCAGGGACAAAGAUUUUGGGAAAGGAACUGAGUUGUGCACACCCCGGGAACAAAACCUCUCCGUUUACGCCCGAUAACUGCACAGCCCACGUCCUUUUUCACAUUCUAGGAAGGUUUCACGACAAAGGGGAUAAGGGACAUCGAGAUUUAGAGCAAACUUUUGGUCCAAACCCGAAAGAAUUUCGCCAGGAGGCUCCCUAUCACACUCUUUUUCUACAAUGUAAAUCAAAUAUUGGGGUGAAAUUAGGCUUUUAUAUGAUAUUGUAAGAUGUCUACUGAAACCUUCUAUUAUAUAAAAGACAUCAAGCCGGGGCUAAAGAACCUGAACGCCAUUUUUAUCGUCCUAGACAUAGGUCGGCCGACCCAAACGAAAGAUGGGCAUGAAGUUCGAUCGUGUAAAGUCGCGGACAAAACCGGCUCUAUCAACAUUUCCGUUUGGGAUGAAGUCGGAGAGUUGCUGCAGUCUGGUGACAUCAUCAAGCUCAGCAAAGGGUAUGCUUCUGUGUGGAAAGGCUGUCUCACACUUUAUACAGGCAGAGUUGGGGAUCUUAGAAAAAUUGGAGAGUUCUGUAUGGUAUUUUCUGAAGCUCCAAACAUGAGUGAACCAAACCCAGAAUAUAUCCAGCAAACUAAGGGAGAACAGGGAUCAGGGGCAAAUCUAGCCAAUCAGCUGCCAGGACCACCAACCAAUCAGAUGGCUGGAAACAGUGGAUCUGCUCCACCCAACUUUAACCAAUCAGGUUAUCCAGUGCCAGGGAACGGUAACUCCCAACCAACAGGAGGAUAUUCCAACGGUUCGCGAAUGCCCGGGCCUGGAAUGGGAGGCUACGGACAACGGUAUCCUGGUCCCCCGGGAAACGGGGCGCGUCCUUCGAACAAUGGCGGUAACAUGUCGCAUCACGGGAACGGUAGAGAUCCGAGACGGGGGGCGCGGAGAUAGCGGCGCUAUUAGCUAGGUCGUAAGCACAAGAAACGUUUCGAUCCAAUUUGGAGCUUUAUUCUACCAAGGAGGUUAACCUCCUUGAUUCUGCAAAUGGAUCAAAUGUCUUAAAAUCGUGGGUAGCUAUAUUUUCUCAAGUGGAGUAUUAAAUGUUUAUGAUAACUGCACAGUCUAACCUAUAACACUGUAUCAUACUUUUACAAAAUGAUAAAAAUAACAAGGCCCCAAAGAACUAACAAACCUUUAGUGUAAUGAUAAUAAUAAUGAAGUAAAUGGUAUCUCCUUUUUAAAGCACGUCAUGUUUGUCAGAGGAGAAGUGGAAAAGCCAACAUCAGAUUGAAUG